AUGGCGAGUGCCAAAAUGGCAUCUAAAAAAUAUACAGUCAAUGAAGUUUUAUCAAUGUUGGAAGAUGAAACGUUUUUGGAUGCUGAUGUAAUUUUAUUGCCUCCUUCUGGUAAUUGUUCAGAUGAAGAUAGUGGUGACGAAGAAAGCACAAAUGCUGACAAUCUUAGAGAAUUAACUUCGACAAACAAAAGAGUCAGCAUCGAUGUUAGAACUGACAGGAUUGACCAUUUUCAAAGCCAAUUGGAAACUCAGAAGCGAUGCGCUCACUGCCACAAAAACACAAGGAAAGGGUGCAAAAAAUGUAAUAUAGGAUUGCAUGACAUGAUCAUUGUUUUGAAAUAUGGCAUAUGA